AUGCGUUACUCUAUCCUCAACUUGAUGGCCUUGGUCUUCGCCAUUGUGCAUCAAACCGCUGCUACCUGCUACACCAACGACUGCGUGGGAAGACCUGGCGCUGCAUGUGGCUGCAGCUAUGAGUGGGAGCAUGGCCGCCAGGACGGUACAUGCAACAGGGAUGGAAACUAUGAUGGGAUCUGCGAUCUCUAA